AAGCCUUAGAGGCACUACCUCAAUUUAGUGAAGAGGCUAUCAAGAAACUGAUACCAUAGAUAAUGUCUACGCCAUCUCCCGUAGUAAGGAAGAGUGAAAGAAAACGCUCACGUCCGAGAAUCGUACGACCUCCGAAAAGGCUGGCCAGAGUACCGAAGCAAGAACAGCCUGUCGAGGAAGAACAAAGGCCUUUGUCGCCUUUUGUGAUCUUCCUCCCUUCAGACGGCAACCCCAUGAAAGGACAUAAAUCUGACUCAGAGCUCGACGAAAGCGAAGGGGAAAUCGAAUCUCAAGUGAAUGCAAGUCGACGAGAUAUUUGCCCGAGCCCCACGUUAUUGCCUAUCAACAUGAUACCGACAGUCGCAGCCGACCUACAACGCGCCGAUUCUGGCGAUGAUAAAGCACUACGUGGUAUUGCGUCACCAGAGUUUUUGAAUUUCGAUUGGCGCAAAGAGCCGGAAAUAUUUCGGGGGGUUAGGGAAGUAUUUACAGGGACACCGGGACCUACGUGUUCCAUAAGCCUCAUAGAUACGCCUUUUAAGGCUUUUCUUUCAAUCUGGGACCCGCCCAUCAUUGACUUAAUUGUACGCGAGACUAACCAGUACGCACAACAGAUUUUAGACAAAGAAAAAUUCUGCUUUAAGACUUACUCACGGUACAAGACCUGGACUCCAACUGACGCGAACGAAAUGUUGACUUUUUUUGCUAUUUUAAUAUUUCAUAGUCUAAGUACGAGACCUGUAGAACAAGACUAUUUUAAGACAACAGGGACCUUGGCCAUGCCAGGUCUUGCGUCCUUGAUGUCUUCUAAUAGGUUCUUUCUAAUUAAAAGAUUUUUGCACUUUACUGACCUGACCAAUGAACCAAGUGACAUGACGCCACAACAACGAACACUAUAUAAAAUACAACCAAUUGUGGACAGUUUGAGACAAAAGUUUAGCAGCCUGUAUAUGCCAUCGCAAUCCAUUGCCGUAGCUGAAAGUUUGUUGGUGUCCGGUCGGCUUUCGUUUGCUCAAAAAAUUUCAAAUAAAGCCGGUAAAGGCAUAAAAUCUUUUGAGUUAUGUGAAUCAUCGACCGGUUACCUGUGGGAAUGUUUCGUAUAUGCUGGUAAACAGGCUGCUAACAGACAGACAGACUCAACGGACAAUGUGCAACCGGAUGAAGCAACAGCCAAGGUUGUUUACGAUCUUGCUCGCCCUCUCUUAGGAAAGGGACACACGUUAGUAAUGGAUAAUUAUUAUAACUCACCAUUACUAGCGCGGUGUCUCAAGGACAAAAAGACUGAUGUACUGGGUACACUUCGCGUUUCACGUGAAUUUGUACCUGAAUCUUUAAAGUCCUUUACCGAAUCCGACUUGAGACUGGGUGAAAUCGUAUACAGAAACACGCACGAUCUCUCGGUGUUCUUGUGGCGGGGUGCUAAUUUAGUUUGUGUAAUCUCCACCUACCAUCCUGUGGAGGUCGCCGCCUUAGAAAAAUACGGUGUUUGGCGCCUCAAGCCACGAGCCGUGCUUGAUUAUAAUUCGCUCAUGGGGGGUGUCGACAAAAACGAUCAAUGUUUGUCAGCAUACCCUAUUGAUCGGAUUAAAAAUCAGGUAUGGUAUAAAAAAAUGUUUCGGAGACUCUUGAAUGUGUCUAUUUUGAAUUCCCUAAUUUUAUUCAAUUGCAGUAAAACCAAGAUGAGACAAACAGCUUUCCGAAAUAAUUUGGCUGAGGCGCUAAUCACCGCAUUUCGGCCUCCCCAACCUCCCGGAAAAGAAGUAAAAAGUUUAUCUGACAUGGCAAAGCGGCCCAGGUUGGCAAACAAUCACUACAUAAUGAAGGGGAGAUCCAAGGACACAAUGUGUGUGUUGUGUCGGUCCAAUGGGACCUACACGCGCACCAUUUAUAGGUGCGAACAGUGUAAGGUACCACUGUGUUUGGAGUUUUGUUUUAAAUAUUACCACACUGUAGCUUGCUGAGUAUAAUUGGGUAUGGUAUUUUUUUAAAGUAUGUAUGUAUGUAUUUAAUGUGAUUUAAAAUGUAUCCCCAAGAAAUAUUUUUGUCAUCAUAUUAAUCAAAAAGUUCUCCAAGUCUGAAUCAUCAAAUUAACGCCGGCUAUCAACACAUUGUUUGUCAGGCUAGUGGUGCUGGCUUGCGCCUAACUAUAAUUACGUAAUGUAUGUAUAGGUAUACCCUUAGACUAUGGAAACUAAUUUUUUUCCAUCCUCUAAGGGUGUACCAGAAUCUCAUGGCGUUAAAUAUAAAAAUCGAACGACUUUCACCUGACAAUGUUAACUUGUCACAUGUCAAUUCAAAAUAUUACUUGUGUCAAAUAGCUGUCUGCUAAACUUUAUUCACUUUAAAAUAACGAUUUAUCAAUCUCAAGCAAAAAUCGUUGCAAUAAUGUAAUAUAAUUUAUAUAGCAAAAUCAGCGAUGAAUUAGGUACAUUAAAGUCACAUUUCUCGAUUUAGAACCAUGUCUCUAAUCUUGCCGAUUAGUAGGAGCAAAUAACCUUGAUCUUUGAAAUUUUAACGAUGCCAAAUCAAUAUAUAUAGUACCAAUGUAAUUUUUGCUGGUACUGAUCGGCAAGACUACAGUGUGUAGACUACAGAGUAGUAAAAAACAGAUAAUAGCGUAAAUGCGAGUUACUUCAAACUGCAAACGUAAACAAAUAUAUUUUUAUUUAAUUUUAAAAUGUGUCAGAAAUGACUUAACUUUCUCACACAAAUUCAUACAGAUCUUAAAACGUGUACGAGGAUAAAUCAAUUCUGGCCAGUUAAGAUAUAUGAAGUAUCUAGUGCAUUUUUUCCUAUUAUACUGAUGUUGCCCACUAUAAAUUUAAAAUUGUCUAAGUGGUCUAAGCCACAUUGGCCUACCAAGAAAUGGACAUUGGGUUCGCGC